AUGAGGGGCAAUUUAAAUGCAUCAUCUUUCAUAUUCUCCACUUCCAAAGAAGCAAUUCCCCUGAUAGCAAGUAUGGCACAACAGCCAACAAUCUUUUGCUCAGGAGGAAUGUGCUUAUCCAAAACCCAUAUGUUAUUUCUACAGUCCUCCCUUGUGAUGGUCUCCACAACUACUGCACAAAUCCUUCUAGUCGUCCUUGAAUAUGGCAUAAUAAAACGAAUAAUGCAUCCUUAUGUUGGGUGCUUCUAAAGGAAAUCAACAAGUUAUACUGUCAUAUUAAGACUCCCUUUCUUGUCCUUCACCUUUUCCUUUUUACUCCAUUAUAAUUUCCCCCCAAAUUUCCCAGAUACAAGAAUGGGAAGCACACAUACAAAGGAACUCCCCUCCACCGCUUUGCAAAGGAAAUUCAUAGGUGGGUUUAAGCAGAAAUUUCAUUUGAAAAACAGUCAACGCAUCCCAUUUAUUCUAAGAUAGGUGGGUUUUUUAAUCAACAAACAACAACAACAAGUGAUAAAUUAUAGACGAAGGGCAUUUUUUAUUUCCCUUUAAACAUGCAUUGCAACGAUUGCUGGAUUUUUAACGGGCUGGAUUCAGUAAACAUGCGGGGAGGGGGGGGUUGCAUGGAAGAAACCAGCUUGAACGGGUCUCGCCCUUCCGCCUCUUCUUCCCUCCCUCCCUUGCUCAGCGAAUUACUCGGGGAUGGGGGGAGUUCCAUAUGUAAUCUAGGAGGUCUCAGAGGAUCGGACAGCCGAUCCCUCCAUCGGCACACCCACUGCCGCCGCCACCUGAAUGAAACAAACUUCCCUCAGUUCAGGCAGCCGAGCCCUCUCCGGAGAGCUGCUGCUCAACGUUUUCCUUCCGCCGUCGGGGAAUUCGCAGCUGCCUGGGCAGAGGCGCCUUAAAAGAGUUUUUGAAAGGGCUCCCCCAGUCCUGCGCGGGACCGAGGCGGUGACGCUUCCAUUUCCGGACCGGAGUGAGAACUGUGCACUUCAGGCGUCAGCAAAGACCCGAGGGGGGCGUACCUUUUGACCCGGCCGGACCGGAGUGAGAACCGCCGCGUGCGUUCGGAGGAGCCCGCCACGUGGAGGAGGAGCAGCAACGGCGGAGGAGGAGAAAGGAAGGACGGGGCCCUUUCGCGCUCCUAGCUCGCACUUAAUCGCAACGUCUGAUCCUCUUUCCCUGAAGAAGCAGCAGCCCCUCGCGGGGCUUGGCGUUGCCGGACCGACUGCGAAACUCAGGAGUAAACGUGGUCUUCUAUCCGCGUCUGCCGUAAGUCGUGCGAAUGUGCCUGUACACGCGUGUGCCGGGGGGAUCGGGGCGAAAGAGGAGGGCUCCGGGAGGGACAUAUUUAGCAAAAGCCGCUUCAGCUGCCUGGUCCAACUUGGGAUACUUGGAGCUCAGGAGUGAAGUCUGUUGGCAGUGGCGAUCCACGCCACGGGCCACUUCGACGGGGCUACGCGGCUUGCCAAUUUCCCUUCGUGCUGCGAGAGAUGCCACUACCGUGAAAUCACCACUUUUAUAAAUGAAAGGGGGUUUGUGCGUAAGGGCUACUAGCGCGCGCGCGAGGAAACGGCUACUCAGCAAAGAUUAGGUGACAAAAUGCUACUUGGAAGAAGAGAGAAAGCGAUUGGUAGCGUGGGGUAACGGUGCCAUAUGUAGACGGAGAACUUGCUUCGACUAAAUGUCGUGUUUGAUGGGCGAUCGUCUGAUUCAGUCCAAGCUACUCUGUAUGAGAUCUAGGAGCUGCGGCUUGCAGUUUUGCCUUUCCAAAUCAAGGCAGAAAUAGAGUUGUUGAGCUGACUCGACUUCUAGCUAAAUCCAGCCUGAUUGGAAAGAAAUUUCCAUGAGCUUUCACUCUGCAGACUGGGUCUGGACCUCAAAUCUUGAUGCUUUAAGACAUCGCCGCCGCCCCCCCAACCCCACUAUUUGCCCAAAGAGCAGAUCCGCAUAAAAUCAUUGAUCUGGUUUGUACAGCUGUGUCCAAGCGAACCUCCUGCUUAAGGGCUAAGGAAGGGAAGCAAACGGAGAAGGAGUCCUGUGACACCUUGAAACUUACUUAUUGUGGCAAAACCUUCCAUGGGCUAGAGCCUGUACCUGAAAAUGUGAGUUCCCUGACCCACAAAAGCUUCCACUGCAAUCAGCUUGUUAGUUUUUAAGUUGCCACAGGACUGUAGGUUUUGCUGCGAUAGUUUAUGCCACUAUUGGUUGCAGUGGGAGAGAAGCAGGGACAAUCUUCCAGUUGCCUCGUGCCAAAAAUUGCCACUUGCUCCAUUACUAUUAUUAAUCACUUGUCCUCCUGCUACAUACUCAAGUAUUGCAUUAGCCAAUUCUGCCAUGCACACGGAGCUAGGGUCAGGCUAGCCUCUUAGGCUGCCUUGUGAAGCAAGGCCAAUUGAGCUCAGUGAGACUUACUGCCAAGUAAGAGUGUAUAAGAUCACUGCCUUAAGCAAAAAAUAAUGUUCCAGCAUUAUUCCAGCAGAUCUGGUUAGGGCUGCUUAAUGUGGGGAAUGAAUUCCAUUGAAAUCAGUGGGGUUUUAGCCUUCGACUGUUGUUUGCCAUUAGCUGCCUUGGUGACAGAUUUUUAUCUCUGCUAUCAGAAUGUUGCCCUUUGAGUCAGCUUUUAAGCCUGAGUUUGAUAUGAUGGCUGUGAUUAUUCUUCACUCAUAUCCUGCUCUAACUGUAUCUAGGAUUUCUAGCCCUCCCACCCAUGAAGCAAGGUGAGGUAACUGCCUCAGAUAACAGGCAGGAUCUUCCAAGGCAGCAGAUCCCGAUGUAUAUCUUUAUUCCUGUCCAUGGGCAUAGCUGGGGGGGCAGCUGCCCCCCAUCAAGUAGAAAUAGAAAUACUUAACUAACUGACCAAUCAGGUUGGUUCUUCCUCCCCUAACAAAAGUCUUGUCCCCCCCAACAAAAAUCCUGGCUGUGCCCAUGUUCCUGCCCUGUUUGUGGUGUUGAUCUUCACUCACCCCUGCUUUCCUGGUGGGGAGGAAGGCAUCCUUUUGUGGUUCGCCUCAGGUUCCGAAAUGUCUUGAGCCAUUCCUGCCUUCCAGAUUCACUAUCCCGGGCUUCCUUAAAUGACUCUGCCUCCCCACCCCCACCCCACCCAUUUGCUGGCCACUAUGUCAGGAACUCUUUCUCAGCACACCUACUGAUCUCUAUCUCUUCCAACAAAUCCCCCAUCAAAAUCAUAGGGAAGGGGUUGUUGCUCAGUGGUAGACAGAAAGAAAGCAACAGUAAGCUGGGAAUCAUCAUAGGCUCUGUACAAAGCCUCACUGAUAAGUAUGUACAGGAUUUCAACCUGAAUCUGUUAGUUUUAAAGACCCUAACAAGGGAUCCCAUAAAUUUUGAGACCAAUGGGAAAUUUUGAGACCUUACCCAGUUUAUUCAUUUCUUAAUCUUUUUUUCCAAAAUUUAGAAUAAGGUGAAGGGAUAUUAACUGGUCAAGGACUUGGGUGUUCAGGAUUAAAUUUGUUAUGAAAUUUACUGUGAAACCUUGGGCCAGUCACUGUCUCUCAUCCUUACCUACCUCACAAGGAUAAGAUGGAGAAAUGGAAAACUAUGUGUGCCACCUUGGAAGAAAGGGGGAUUUAAUGUUAUUGAGAAGAGCUUCAGGUUGUGUACCCCUGAUCCUUAAGGGGCGUCAGGCAAGGUUUGAAAUAAUACAAGAACAAACCUAAAAAUCAAAGAAAAAAGACUCUGGGACACAACGCAGUUCAGGCUUUACAUGCAGGUUCAUGGCAAAUCCAAUGUGCUGGGACAGGUUUGCCUGGAUUUGAAAAUGCAGGUGUCCAGUUCUUUUACCUAUUGAAGUUUGCCGGCAAUUUAAUACAUUAAAAGCACGCACUCGUUUAACACCCAGACAGUUCUCUGAUCCUAAGAGAGAUGGAUGUGUGGUGCCAUUGGCUCAGUCUGUGGGCCAAUACAGGUACCAUAAAACAAAUGACUAAGGGCUGAACUAGAUGUGAUGUUAAUUGUAUAGAUGCAAUUAACACACUUGACAAAGCGACCAAAUUGCGGGAUGACAAAAAGUUCUGGGAAAUAAUUGCCCAGGGAGUUUCACCCAAAGGGAAAAUUGUAACCAACAGUAUCUCAUCUAACUUAUGGUACCAACACUUUUCCCGGCUAUAUACAGCUCCAAAUAUUGCUAAACCGAGCCAGUUUCCUCCUCUUAAAAACGAUCUAUUAAUGGGCUGGGAUCCUGUUACCGAAUCAGAAUGUUUACAGCUAAUUAAAACACUCAAGAAUGGCAAAGCUCCCGGUGAGGAUAUGAUUCCUCCUGAGGUAUUUAAACUAAAUGCCCAGUGGUGGGCUGCUAUUUUGGCCCAACUUUUUACGGUAAUAAAUGAUAUAUGCAAAAUCCCAGAAAACUGGAAACUGAGCCUGGUAGCCCCCAUCUAUAAGAAGGGGACCCCCAAGACCCCUCAAACUAUCGCCCCAUAAGUCUCCUGGACAUUGUGUAUAAACUUUACACUCGCUACCUGCUAAAUAAACUGGUUGACUGGGCUGACCACUCUAACCUGCUUAAUCCGGAACAGGCAGGGUUUAGAAAGGGCCAUAGUACAACAGGCCAUUGUUUGGUACUACAGACAAUGAUAGAUAAGUAUACAAAGGUACAUAAGAGCAAACUUUUUGUGGCUUUCGUAGAUCUCACAUCCGCUUUUGAUUCAAUCUGUAGGGACAAAUUAUGGCAAAAAUUAUAUGAAACAGAUAUUGAUAGACGACUUCUCAAAAUACUUAGAGAGUUACAUUCAGACACCACAGUUAAAAUCAGAACUGGGAUGUCAGGCAACUAUACUGAUCCACUGCCACUGGGGAAAGGGGUUAAACAGGGCUGUUUGUUAGCGCCGUUCCUCUUUAAUUUCUAUAUAAAUGACAUUGUUCAACAUAUGGCAAAGUAUAAGUCAUCAGCUCCUGCCCUGGAAGGCAAACACCUGAAUAUAUUACUAUAUGCUGAUGACAUGGCUGUCAUGGCACUUACUCGAAGGGGCCUACAUAGCAUGCUGGAGGGGCUCGCAGCUUAUUGUUCCCAAAACUCUCUAAAGAUAAAUUAUGACAAAACAAAAAUUGUGGUAUUUACUAGAGCUUGCCACACAUUUAGAUGGUCUUUAGAUGAACACAAAAUUGAACAGUGUCUUUUUUUUAAAUAUCUUGGUAUCACUUUCCAAGCUACAUCUAGCUGGCUUGCCCACUUCAAGACCGUAGCCCUCCUAACACGUAGGACAAUCGGUGCCCUGCUCAGCUUUUUUUAUUCGAGGGGAGGGCAACUGGUGAUCCCGGCAUUAAAAGCUUUUGUUGGAAAAGUGAUUCCCCAGAUGCUAUAUGGAGUAGAACUCUGGGGAUGGAAUCAGAAGCUGUUAGAACGGCUUGAAAUCUUCCAAAAUUUUUACCUCAGAAGAAUUCUAGGCCUCCCUCAGAGUACUCCGGCAACUCUCCUAAGAGUGGAAGUAGGAUUACCUUCUGUGUCUGCCAGGGCCCACUUAAGAUUCCUGCGUUUUUUCACCAACCUCACAGAUGCCCCGAACACCUUAUUGGCUAAACAAGCCUUUGUAUUAUUACAAAAUAAUACUACUUGGCAUAAAAACCUACUAGAUAUCCUAUCCAGAUACAAUCUACCCGAGUUUAAUACCCUUAAAUUGUGGAGCCCUGAUAAAGUUCGGGAAUGGAUCUUUGAAAAAGACGCCUUUUUUGGACUCCACAAAGAUAAAAAACUCUGGGUUUUCCUACUGGUUUCCCCGAGUAAAAGCAGUCAAAAUCUGUGCCAACUACUUGGUGGAGAUCACUGACCCCACCCUUCGGAGAGCCUUCACUAUGGCACGGUUUCAAACACUGCCAACUGCAUAUUUGACCGGUAGAUUCACAAAAACCCCAGUAGAACAUCGUUUAUGCCCUUGCCUUAUGAAAAUUAAAGAGGAUCUUACACAUUACCUCCUCUAUUGCCCCAUCUACUCGAGCUUUAGAGACGCAUUGCUGCAAAUUAUACCCAACUCUAUAACUAAUCCUGAAGAUAGAGUAAAAUUUUUGUUAGUUGAUGCAAACCCACGUAUUACCCAUGUGGUAGCGGUUUUUGUGAUAAAGGCCGUGAAAGCCAGGGAAAGAUUUAUGGAUGACAAUGUAAAGACCCCUUCAUCGUCUGUUUAACUCGUUGCUCGUUUUCCCUCUCUUUCUAUUUUGUGGGAUGAAGGUUUUGUUGGCGUAGUAUGUAAUGAAUUUUAAUAUCUUUUAACUAUUGUUGUGUUAAUGUUUGUGUACAGGCAUGGUCCUCACAAUAAACGGAUAUCAAUAAGAUGCAAUUAACAUAAAAAAUGUAAUAGUAGCCAUAUAGGGGGCAGGCGGCUAAGCUGUAUUGGGACCAUAUGGGAGGGACAGAGGGACCACCCUCCCACUCCCCAUUGUGGUACAUACUAAAUAACUUGCCCCAGCUACUUUUACCCAGAAGAAAACAGUGGUGUGUGUGUGUAUGUUAAACUCUCCCUCCUCCUGCAGUCUCAGUGCUGCACAGUUAUAACAUCAUGUCCGCCUUGGCCCUUAUAUGAAGUAGAUUAUCUUAAUGGACUAGUAACUUCUGAGGAAUUUUAUGCAAGACAGUGGCACAGAACUGACUGAAUUCAAAGCUGAAAGCAGGCAAGUUUGACAUACCUGGCCCCUACAAGCUGUUACUGGUCUGGGCUGAGUAUCUCCUUCAACAGGGCUCUAGUUCCAGAAAUGUCAGAGGCAGGAUUAUUCUACAAGUCCUUUUCCAUAGCCCUCCUCCAUUACACUGCUUAUUCCACAGAUGCCCUCCAGAUGGGCUGCAAAGUCCCAUCAUCCUCAACCAUUUCUCAUCCUGGCUGAGGCUGAUGGGAAUUGUAGUUCAAAACAUCUGGAGUGCACCCUGCCAACUAUUCCUGUUCCAGGCACCUGGGGAGAGUUUUCCCUAACCUUGCUAUAACCAAGAUCCUUUGGGGCUGAGCAUGGGACUUUUUGCACACAAAUCAUUUGCUCUGUCACUGAGCUAUUGCUCUUCCCCUGAUGUGCUAUGGAAAAUAUCAGCAGGACUGUGCAGUGAAAUUUCAACCCCCCUCUAAAGAGAAACACAUGUGAAAAGGUUGCACUGGAAUGCCAGAUUUACAGGAAAGGCCUAUGAACAGGAGCAGACAAGAACAGGUGGGUCUUGCCAGCACCUCAUAUCACCUAAUGGAUUUUACAUUCCAGCAUUGGUUUCUCAUAGCUAUUUCCCCAUAGAGGCAAAUCAUUAAAUGAGAAUCCAUGCUUAACAGCUUGCCUAGGAGAUCUGCUUUCUCCUUCAUCUAGCUUUCGCUACCAAAGCUGAAAGCGAAUGCUGCGGUGCCCCCUAACGUCAAAUCCUAGCCAAACGCAGAGAAACAUGUGCACUUGGAUUGUGGACACAUUAUAGACCACCAAUCUUCAGCCUUCCUUUUUGGACUCUGCGCACACACCGUUAACCACAGUCUAGAACCUGCUUUCAGUUCUUUGUAUGGGGAUAUACAAAAUUAGAAUAAAGCAUUUAACAGGAAAAUGCAGAUAAAACUAUCUACAAACACACAACUGAAACGUAUAGCGCCUAGUAAGAGAAAUAGCAGCAGCAACCGGGCAGUGAUUUUAAAGGGCCAUUCAUUUUUAACUUGGGAAAUUCAUUGCCACUAGUCCAUAGAAUCAUAGAAUUGUGGAGUUGGAAGGGACCCCAGGGGUCAUCUAGUCUAACCCACUGCAAUGCAGGAAUCUCAACUAAAGCAUCUAUGACAGAUGCUAUCCAAUCUCUGCUUUAAAACCUUCACCCAUGAAGGAGAGUUCGCCACCUUGCAAGGGAGUCUGUUCCACUGUUGAACAGCUCUUACAUUCAGAAAGUUCUUCCUGAUGUUUAGUCAGAAUUGCCUUUCUUGUAACUUGAAGCCAUUGGUUUUCUCCGGAAGAGGAGAAAACAAACUUGCUCUAUCUUCCAUGCAACAAUCCUUUAGAUACUUGAACAUGGUUAUCAUAUCUCCUCUCAGUCUCCUCUUUUCUAGGCUAAACAUUCCCAACCCCCUCAACCAUUCCUCAUAAGGCUUGAUUUCCAGACCCUUGAUCAUCUUGGUUGCCAUCCUCUGCGAAUGUUCUUGCUUGUCAAUAACCUUCUUAAACUGUGGCGCCCAGAACUGGACACAGUACUCCAGGUGUGGUCUGACCAAGGCAGAAUAGAGCAGUCCUAUUACUUCCCUUGGUCUAGAAACAUUAUGCUUCUGUUGAUGCAGCCUAGAAUAGCAUUAGCUCUUUUUGCUGCUGCAUCACACUGUUGACCCAUGUUCAGCUUGUGAUCUACUCAGACCCCCUAGAUCCUUUUCAUAUGUACUACUGGCAAGCCAGAUGUCCCCCAUCUUAUUUUGAGCAGCUGGUUCUUCCUGUCUAAGUGCAGAACCUUACAUUUGUCCCUACUGAAAUUCAUCUUGGUAGUCUUGGCCCAGUUCUCCAAUUUGUUAAGGCCAUCUUGAAUCCUGAUUUGAUCUUCUGUAGGCAUUAGCUACCCUUCCCAAUUUGAUGUCAUCUGUAGUUUUGAUGAGCAUCCCCUCAACUCAUUCAUCCAAGUCGCCUCUAAGCUAGAGAUGGUUGUAAGAGAGGAUUAGACAAAUUCUUGGGGGAUUAGUUUACAAGCAGACUACUAGGUACCCAUAGUUUUCCUUGUUUGACCUGAAAGAGCAGAGAUAAGGAACAUGUGGCCUUCCAGAUGUUGCUUGACUGCAACUCCCAUAAUCCCAUACCAUUUCAUGCUAGUUGGGUCUGAUGGGCAUUGAAGUCUAACAACAUAUGGAGGACCACAGGUUUCCCAUCCCUGCUAAAAUGAGACAGGACUUUUUGUAAGGUGGUACCCUAUUUUGCAACACUCUCACUGGAGCUAACCAGUUGUGUGGUUCCAGGUGUGUACAAUGUGCUUUGUCCAGGCAUUUAACUACCAGGUGCUUUACUUGACUAAUGCUAAUGACUGCCUUUUAAAGUUAUGUUGGCACUGAUGCUGCUUCGCUUAUGGUUUGAUUGGUUAUUUUAGAUUUAUAAUUAGUCCUUUUGCUUGUUUUCGUAAGCUGCUUUGGACAGAUAUGUUGGGGGGGUGGAAACAGGCUAUAAAAAUAAAGCUCACAUGGAGUAGUGGCUCAGUGUGUUAAACUAGGACCUGGGACGGGGGCUGGGUUCAGAUUCACACACUUAAGCGCAGAAGCUUUCUGUGUGAUUUUGGAUCUGUAAUUUUCUGUUAGUCUUAACUUUCCUCCUAGGUGAGGGUAACAUGGCGGCAACAGGAGAGAGAUUGAAACUUGUACAUUACUCUGAACUCUGUGGAGAAAAAGUGGCUUGUAAUUAAAAUAGGCAUUUUAAAAUAAAUCAGCAUGGAUACAUGAACAAUUAGCUUUAUAUUAUAGGGUUUCUAUUAUAUUAUGUUAAUCUGGAACACAGGAAAUUGUCUUGUAAUAUUUGUCCAUGUAGCUAUUCUGACUGGCGGCAUCUCUUCUGGGUCUAAAACAGAGGUCUGUCCCCACCACCUGCUAACUAGAGAUGGAAGGGAUUAAACCAAGUACCGUCUACAUAUCAUCUAUCCUGCCAAAGAUAACCAGAUAGGGCCACAGGGAGAAAUUAAAAUGGUUGCUAGACCCAGCUGCCUGUCACUAUUUGGACAGGCAGUAAAGGUAAAAAGCUAAAGGACCCCUGGAUGGUUAUAUCCAGUCAAAGGCGACUAUGGGGUUGCGGCAUUCAUCUCGCUUUCAGACCGGCGUUUAUCCAGAGACAGGUUUCCAGGUCAUGUGGCCAGCAUGAUUAAACCACUUCUGGCGCAACGGAACACUGUGACGGAAACCAGAGCACACGGAAAUGCUGUUUACCUUCCCGCUGCAGCGGUACCUAUUUAUCUACUUGCACAGGCAUGCUUUCAAACUGCUAGGUUGGCAGGAGCUGGGACAGAGCAACAGGAGCCCACCUUGUUGUGGGGAUUCGAACCGCCAACCUUCUGAUCGGCAAGCCCAAGAGGCUCAGUGGUUUCGACCACAGUACCACCCGCUAUGACCCACCGACAGGGAAAGGACCCCACCAAAGGCUUUUUGCCCAGGGCCCUUUCAAACCCAGAACUAGACCUGAGAACUAGAACACUAUAAUAUAUAGCAUUUUAGCAUUGGCCAUUUAUGGAAGUGAGAAGUCUAGUCACUUAACAAAAAAAGUAUAGAAGAAGGGUUUUGUCAGGAUACCGUCUUAGAUUUUGGCUGAACGAUUUCCUUUUUUUAUCAUUGCCUUGGAAUCCCAGUUGCAGUGACAGCAAUUUUAUAGACUCUUGAGUCCAGAAUCUUACAAAAUCCAGGACUGUUUUCUGCCAAAUGUCAACAGAACAGGGAAGCAUGACUCUGUUUUCCACUGCUGCUGAAAUAACUAGCCCAUGACUGUUCAUACUGAUAGCUGCCUCAGAUGAGUUAUUUCAUCCCUCUUGCAGAACUCAUGACAUAUUCAAUGGGAACUUUUUAAUCCAGACUACCAGAGGCCUGGGAAAAAGCCAUUUAAUUGGCAGCCUUUAACCUUGCAAAAAUCAAGUUACUGCAUUUUUCUCCAUAUACGUACACAUGUAACAUAAAAAUAUCCUUUUGACGUGAACUGUAAACAAAGCUGAUUGCAAGCAUGGCACUGAUAAAAUACCAAACAUAGUACAAAGCACUGUUUUCGUAAGUGAAACAGUUUCGAUGGCAUGAGAUCCAAAACAGCAAUUUUCCAACAAUGUUAUAGUACACUCUUAUCAUUUGGAUUUGUUUGUCCUUUGUAGGACACACCAUUAUUUGUUAAAGUCACAAUGGCUCACUGAAAACUUUCCAAAUUCAGCUCCUUCUGUACUUUGUUGCAGCUAUUAUGUUUUUAUAUUCUGCUAAAAGCUGCCCAGAGUUGUUUAUUAUUAUUAUUAUUAUUAUUAUUAUUAUUAUACUGAGCAAAUGAGAGGCAAGAUAAGCUGAUUUAUAUAUAAACCUAGCAAUGCCUGCUUGAUAUCUAGGGAACACCUUCGUGAUGUAUCUGUAAUAAAAUUUUCCUAUAUGUUGAGCACAUCUGCAACAGAGUGCAAAAGAAACUGUGGUUGAAUUUAUUUUAAUUGUUUAUAUCCUGCUUAAAAAUAUAUAUCCCUAAAUGACUUACAAAAAUAACAAAUGAAAACAAAAUAUCCAGAACAAAGUAACUAUUUUCAAAUGCAGGGAGAUAGCAAUACAGUGUAAAAAGGGUUUCAGUGACCCUCUAAAAGCUGGAAAAGUGGGGUUUGGCAAAACCAAGGGAGAAAAUGCCACAGCUGCAGUGCCAGCACUGAAAAGGCCCUGUUUUUCUAACAUUUAAGAACAUAAGAGAACCAGGCUGGAUCAGACCAAAGGUUUCUGUUUCCACAGUGACCAACCAGAUGACCAAAGCAGGACAUGAGCACAAUAGUGCACUUGCCAGUUUUCCCUCUAGAAAAGGAUUGACAUUUCCCUCCAUUACUUUUAGCAUGGUCCUAUUGUAGAACCACAAAUAAAAAGUUAUAUAAGUUGCCUAUUGCCACUCAAAAUGGGUUCUUACGUGGGAAACUCUACCAUAAGGCAGGAAUUGGGUAUUAUUAAUAUAUACCAAAUUAUUAUUAUUACCAGAGCACCACCAUCAUCAUCAUCAUCACAGUUUAUUAAUAUAUAUUGCUCUGCAGCUGAAAGGCCCACAGUAGACAGCAUAUUAAAACAACAAAAUAUACAAUAGAGUACAAUAAAAUGUCAUCUAUUAAUCAGCAAGCAAAAGUUUAAGGCUGCAAGAUCACAACUUACAAAGGCCAGACAAAAACAUUCUCAAGCUUGAGAAAUAAAGUUCACUUUCACCAACUAUAUAUGUAACAGGCUAGAAACCUGAACAAUGAGAACUACUAAAGAUAAAAAAUAAAAAGGAAAGCUUACCCCUAGAAGAAUUAAGGGUGUUCCCAUCCUUAGUAUAGUGAAGCUUUUAAAUUUAUGUUUCCAAUCUCUCCAUUUUCCACCCUCAGACGGUUCACCUUGUUGAUGUCUCUAAGGCCAGGUAAGAAUGUGCUUCUCUCAUUGCUCGCCUGUCACCAGCUUAAUGGGUGACUCACUGGGCAAUGUUAAAUUAACCACAUGGCUCUAUGUCUUAAUAAUAGAACCUUUUAGCAACAAAAGGUGUAGUGAUGUGCCCAGAGUCGUUCAGAAACAAGGUCAUUCUUGGUAAUUGGAGAGCUGCCCUGACAGCGACACAAUUUAAAAGCAUUAUGGUUGGGGAUUCCAGUGGAUUUGAGGUUUGGACUAGGCCUCGGAGUCUCAACGCUCAUUCUGGCUGACUUUAGCCUACUCCUCCAUGAGAGACUAGGCCACAGCCUGGGCAAUAAUCCUCCAAAUUGCAGAUGGGCCCCAAUGCCAUGGGAUGGUCCGUGCCUUCUGAAUAAAAGUAGAAUAAAUGAAUAGCACAGGGGUUUUAGUCAUGGACAGAGGAACUCUUGCUAUCUGUGAUUCUGUCACUGCUCCACUUACAAUAUAUUCUUGGGCUAACACGCUCUGUUUCUUUCUUUAGAUCCAGUCCCAGAAUAAUGAGCAGGGUCAGCUUUCUGUCUUUCUCCGCUCCAGGAUCCCUGUGUGGCUUUGCAGUUAAGAAUAAUAAAGCAUCCUCUGCCUGGUCAUGAACUGUUUGCGGAAGGUAAGAUCACAGAACCUGCAGAGACCUUCGUCCAUGCAUGGCGGUAGAUGGCAGCUCGGCAAUAUGACAUCGUUGCAGCGAACAGACAAUGAUGAGGGAGAGAGAAAGCCUUGCAGAUUUAACGUGGUGUGGAGAAAGUGGAUAGAGAUAGAGGGGAAGGUACCUAAGGAAAUACUUUCUGUUCUGAAGCAAGUUCUAGUGUUAUGAGAGAGGGGUUGCCUCCCUGUACUGCUUGUGGACAUUUCAGAGGCAUCUGGAAAGUCACUGUGUGUAACAGAACAGGACUGUAGACUAGAUAGGCCCUUGCUCUGAUCUAGAAGAGCUCUUUUUGUUCUAUUCAGGUAUCACAAAGACUUGGUGUGUGCGCCUUGGCAUUUAAAACUGAAUUUAUUUUUCUAUGUAUAUAGUUCAGUAUUUCUUCAGAUCUAUAGAUUUCCUAAAGGGUUCAAGAAAGUUGCCCAAGUUUCUACAAUUAUAUACUGAAAAGGAAAGGGGGGUAAAAAAAGUAUUUUUUCCCCUGAAGGCCUUACCAUUUAAUGGUGCUUAGCAGUGGAAAAUAACAUAUUCGAAAACGAUUUAAUGCUUUAGCGAACAGCAAUUCCUUUUGGACUUUCUGUCUUGACUCAUUGCAAAAUGCCAGUGCAAACUUUUCUGUGCUAAGGUAGCAAUUGCUUUUGACAGCCAGAGCAGCACCAGUUGCUGGAUUGGCCUUUGUUACUGUCCUUCCCUCCUUCCUUGGGCAGCUCUACUUGUUUAACUCUGGAACCUGUAAUGCCUGAAGGCAGAGGAGCGAUGGUUUGCUGAGAACAGUUGGGUAGGUAAAUCACUACAGUGAUGAUGGGACACUUUCCUUUCUCAUUCUUGGAUGAGAAUCUAAGCACAAAGUGGAGGCUUUUGCUAAUUGAAAAUACAACUCACAAACACGAGAAUAUCCAAGGUUUGGGUUUGUUUGCUUUCUUAAAUCGGUUUAAGAGUUCAGGAGCUUACAGAGAAACUCAUUGAAAUUGUAUGUUGAAGUGUCUGCCUUAACUCCCAUGCAGUAAAUGCAUUCCGGAACAUUCUGCAGCAUUAUCUUUUGCAAACAGGAGCUACAUGGGAGUUGCAUUUGCUGAAUUCUGGAUCCAACCGCUUUCUAGGGCAGAGCUAGCUAUUGUGCCCUCCAGUUCUUGAUGGACUGCAGUUAUAAUCAUCCCUGACAUUGGCCAUGCUGCCGUAGGUUGAUGAGAGUUGAAGUCCGACUUGAAGGUGCCAUGUUGGCUACUCCAGAUUUAGGGAGUAUGUUCCAGUGAACGCAGUAAAGCCUUGGGGCCAAACUAGAAGGUGCAUGACAUGUGUGAAUGUAAAGAAUCAAUUCUUCCCCACUCCCACCACUGCAGUCCUUACAAAAAUCCCCUCUUCCCCAAAGCUGCUGUUUGGCCCAGGAUGGAAACUGCUAUUUGUACAAAUAACAGCUUUCAUCCUGGGUCAAAUAAGAGCAUUUUUUGGUUGGACUUAAGCACAGCAUGGAAGUAUUAACACAGAGACAUAGACAUGCCAUGGUCCUGGUCCUGAUUCUGCCUCCAGCAGCUGAUAUAUGUGUGUGUGUGUGUGUGUGUGAGAGAGAGAGAGAGAGAGAGAGAGAGAGACAGACAGACAGAUGCAAUUACAUAUUUCACAUACUGUCUAGUUUGGCUCUUACUUUUCAGUGAACAUGGUUAGAAUUGCAGUAGAAAUUAUAUUAUUACUGUUGAUUGUAUAGCCUGUGUUAAUAUGCCCCUGAGGAUUAGCUGCUGGAGUCAUAGCACAGGUAUGUAGGGCUGUGCGAGUGGUACACACUCAAAGCCAGAUAAGCAAGGCUCUGGGCUUUGGGAAGGAAGUGUGAGGUUCUGACAGGGUCCUAGAGUCCUCCUACCUCCUUGCCAAAGCCUAAUUAGCACUUUCCCAGCUUUGGGAAGGAGGGCUGUAGGACCCUGUCAGAGCCUCAUGACUCUUUCCCAAAGCUGGCUACCUUCUUACGCACCUUUGGGGGGGGGUGUCCACCAGAUUUUGGCCUUGCACUGCGCUCCAUAGUACCAAAGUCUGCAUCACAAAGCACACUGUAGUUAAUGCUUGGUUAAUGCUUCCGUUAUUGUCUUUGCUUCUGUUUCACAGUGGCGUGCUUUUUUUACCAACCUCGAAGAUCUAGUUCAGAAAACCUGGUUUCGUUAAAGACCGAGACAGACGUUAUAAAGUAUAUGUAA